AUGGUGACCCUGAGGUGGUCACUUACUGGACUAAUAUUUCUUCUUUUUUUACUACAAUCUGAGGCUUUAUUCACAGAAGAAUAUCCAUGGUUCUGCAAGUCAGAUGAGGCCGUUGGGCCAUGCAAGGAUAGAUAUGCCAGUUUGGAUUAUUUCAACAAUCACAAAGUCUAUGGACUGGUUCAAAAACUCCUUCAGAGUGACUUUUUUAAGUUCUAUAAGGUAUGUGGAACUUCUUCUUUAUAUCUGUUAUUCUAAUUUUAGGUAAAUAUGGCAAGGCCUUGUCCUUUUUGGCCAGAUGAAAGGGAGUGUUCUUCAAGGGAAUGUGGGAUUGAGCAUUGUGACGAGGAGGUGCCAGAAGCUCUGAGACGUCCUUCAUCGGUUGUUUCUGUGGCAAGUUUUGUCUGUCACAGUUAACAGUAACGUAUUUAAGUUGGAAGCUGAUGAGGAGCCAAGCGCGCCUUGUGUUCCGUCUAAUCAGUUUGAUCCCUUGGAUUUGUCCCUAUCUGACACGGAUAAAGCCCAACUGGCUGAAAUGGAAAACUUUGAGGAUUCAAGUGAUAGAUUCUGUGACGUAGAAGGUAAGAAGCUCGAAUUUUCAUUUUAUCUACGAGAAAAUUUCUACAGAUGAUGACUCAAACGAUCUUCAUUAUGUAAACCUCUUGAAGAAUCCAGAAAGGUAUACGGGUUACAAAGGACAAUCUGCUCAGAAAGUGUGGAUGAGUAUCUACCGAGAGAAUUGUUUUAAGCCAGAUCCCAGAUUCGAUAAAGACUUUCUUUUACAUCCGACUACUACUGGAAUGUGCUUGGAGAAACGGGUAUUCCACAAAUUAAUCUCAGGACUUCAUUCGGCCAUCACCAUAUCUAUCGCUUCUUAUAAUUACAAACCUGCAGUCGGGGGAUUUGGGUCAGGAACUUGGUUUAGGAAUAUUGAGAUGUUCAAGAACAGAUUCGGAGACAAAUGGGGACCCGAAGGACCAGAGAGACUUAUGAAUGUGUACUUUGUGUAUCUCUUGGAAUUAAGGGCGAUUGUUAAGGCAGCGCCCUAUCUUCAAGCCGAGUUAUUUUAUACCGGAAAUGAAGAAGUAAGUCCACAUUCAGUUAUUUGUUAUCAUUUUAGGAAGAUUUGAAGAUUAAGAAGACGAUUGAAGAGUUGAUUCAGAUUUGUGAAAAAUAUGAAAGCCAUUUCGAUGAAACAAAGCUUUUCAAGGCAAGGUUACAUUUGAUUAAUUUUUUAAACGUAUUUUAGGGGGUCGACUCUCAAGCCAGGUUGCUCAGAGAAGAGUUUAGACAGCAUUUUCUGAACAUUUCGAGAAUAAUGGACUGUGUUGGAUGUGAUAAGUGCCGGUUAUGGGGGAAACUCCAAACUCAUGGCAUGGGAACAGCAUUAAAGAUUCUAUUCUCGGACCUCCCCCAUUCAGAGACCAGAUCAGUAUUAAGCGGAAGGGCGACGAUUCCCUUCAAACUAUCACGGUAAGUCAGCCAUACUGUUACUGAAAGGUCUGAACGAAGCUGUUAUUGUAAUUUUCUUUAUCUCAGGAAUGAAGUCGUGGCCUUAAUCCAGAGCUUUGGCCGUUACUCAUCUGCCAUCUUUGAGAUUGAUGAGUUCCGACGAGCAAUGGGAAUCGGACUGCCCCAGAAAACAGAACUAUAG